CUGAUGGUAAAACUAAGGAUUUUAUUGAAGCUCUUUACAUUUAUUUUGAAAGAUGAAGCUCGUGAUUGCGGAAAGAUGUGUUACAUUUGCUUAUUACAAAUGCUUGCGGUGUUCAGCCAGUCACAAUGCACUGGGUCAGUUGUCCAAUCAGAGCAGACUGCGCUUGUCAGAAGGAGGGACUUUGUAGAAAAUUGAGUGGCAUAGAGGACCUACAAUAAUGUAGGUUUUUUUUAAAUAAUGUUUUUUGAGCAUUAAAGCAUGUCGACAUAUUCUGUUACAGCAAAUAAAAAAAAAAGAUCUUGCAUAUGACCCCGAUUAAUUGCAUUAAUAAAAACGCCAUAUCGCGUUCAUAAUCGAAUGCGACUCAUUUGCAGUUAUGAACACUGGCUGUGUGUUUCCAUCUGAAAGCAGUUGUUGGAGAUUAACUAUUAAUCACAGAACCUGUUUUACUGAUGAGAUGCGCAUGACAAUUGCAUGUGAUUUAUCGUGCAGCCCUUAAUUUGAGGAAAACUAGGAUGCAGGCUGUAUUUAAAGUGCCGCCAAUACUGUCUAGAGUGCAUGUAUUGGUGCGCUGUGAUUGGUUGAGUGGAUAUAUCGCAUUCUGCAGAGAAGGGAGACUCGUGUUUGUCACUGUUUGGAAAGAAAGGGAGAAAACAUGGCGGAAUAUUGGAUAUCGCAUUGUACGUAAAAUUAAAAAUGUACUUCAAUAUCGACCAGAUACAGUACUGAUUUCAGCACACACACAAAGUGCCUUAAAUCCUGUCCGAAUAAAUGGACGAUGGCAACAGCAACUUUUAUAUCAGGGUAGACAGCGGAGCACUUGAGUCAAAAAAUAAAAAAAACCUGAAAGAGCAGGUCCAGUGGAGAAAAACAUUGACUGAUUGUCACAUCUCCACCACUGUAAGUUAGAUGUGUUUGUGCAGUGUAGAGGUGCUCUCUCUCUCAUUGGGAGAUGUGACAGAAACUAGUUGUCCAGUCUGGUUCUGUACAAGAAACCAUGAACAACCAUAUUAAGGUCUCAAAUACAGGACUCACAACACUAUUCUGCUGCUGUGUGAACAUGCUAGCGACUGGAGUGGGUAGCAUAUAUGUGUAAUUGUGUACUCACUAGUAGUAAGCACUACUAACAUUAACGUAGCUGUUAGUUUAAGUUGUAAAUGUUAAAGCGGCUUGCCAUAGGAAGUUGCACUCAUCGCUCAGGCUCUGUACGUGUGAAAUAGACUCCUGUGUCUUUAAGAGAGCCGCAUUACAGGUGGGAUGACGCUGUAUGAGAGACUGACUCCGUGUGGUGGGGACGAUGCGUGUCGUGGGUUAACAGCACUCGUUUCUGCCCCUGUCUCUGAUGCUCAAGAUAAGGUGGUGUCUGUUAUUCACUGCCGAAGACGGCUCCGCGUUUCUUCACUCCAGAACCAACACUAAUGCUGUAUCCAUGUGCAAUGCUUUUAACAGCAUUACCCCAACUAAAUCUAAAGGUUGACGACCCUACUGAUAUGCUCCCCAAGUCAAGAAAAGCCCUUAGCAUCCAGGAAAUUGCAGCUCUGGCCAGAUCAUCAUUUAAUGGCAUCUCACAGGUGGUGAAGGAUCACGUCACCAAACCCACGGCCAUGGCUCAGGGUCGGGUGGCUCAUCUGAUCGAGUGGAAGGGCUGGUCUAAGCCCUUAGACCCUCCAUCUGCUACACUGCAGUCCCACUUUAACUCCUACUCCCAUCUCAGCGAGGGUGAGCAGGAGGCCCGCUUUGCAGCAGGUGUGGCCGAGCAGUUUGCCAUUGCAGAGGCGAAGCUUCGUGCCUGGACCUCUGUAGAUGAAGAGGAGAUGGACGAAGAGUCCUAUGAAGAGGAUCCUCCUCUAAAUGACGAGCCAAUCACAACAACUCUGAGCUCAGACCCUGUAUCAUCCAAUCAAAGCAGCCCAGUGCCAAGCCAGACAGACACGGCUGAAAUCAGUCUGUCAGACCCCGACGAGCCGCUCAUCUCAGAAGAAGUGCCACCACACGCCCAAGAACUCCAGCUUUCAGAAGGAGAGGGCGACAGGGCCACAUGUGGGCUUCACAAACCAGAGCGCAGGCCUUUGUGGAGCAAGGGAGACUCCUGCUACUACUCCACCUCCUACUCCGAGUCUGGCCUUUCACCUGAGGACCAAGAAGAGGAGGACGGAAGAGAGGUGGAGGAAGGGGAGGACAACGUCUUUCAGGAAGUCAUCCGCUGGUACAGACACUGCCGGAGCAUCUCUGAUACCUUUGGAGCUGUGUCUUUUGAUGAUGAUGAGGAGGAGGAAGAGGAGGAGGAACAGGAAGACGGUUCCAAGCAGUGACGCUGUGCUCUCGCUCGCCCUUUUGUCUCGGUCCCUUCGUAGUAACCCUUCUGUGAAGUGUUUGUCCAGUCUGUUAUGCAUUCAGAGACAACCACUUGUUUUUCUCCGCCAUACUUUUAAAGGGAUACUUCACCUAAAAACGAAAAUUCUGUCAUCAUUAUUGCUCCCUCUUGUCUUUCAGAAUUUUUUUUAACUUCUUUCUUCUGUGGUACACAAAUAAUGGCAAAAAUCAGGGUUAUUACAGUUAACUGAAGCAGAAGCUAAAGUUAAAACCAUUUUAAAAAUAUAUAUGGUUUCUAUAUACAGUAAACACUUUGAUAUAUUUCAGGUUUUUGCCAAGGUUUACCUUAAUGUACUAAAAAAAACAUAAAACCUUAAAAUUAAGAAAAUUAAAUUAAAAAAAUACUAAAAAUUAUCAGGAAAAAAAUAAAAAAAUGGCAAAAACUCAACAGCAUCAUUAGAACCAUAGGCUAAAAUUAAAAUGAAAGUCAAUGGAAAAUAUUAAAUGAAAUAUAAAACUGAUUUAAAAAUCUUAUUAAAAACUACAGUAUAAUAGUAUCACUUUGAUACAAAAAUUUGCAAGCCAGUGUUAUUUUAGUAUCAUUGACAUACUGUUAUAGUU